AUGGUUCUUCUACUACAAUUUGGCUGUGUUGAGGGUCUUCUUGCACUCCUUGGCCAGGCUUCUGAUUUUCCUGUAGACUUUACAGAAUUUAUGCGUACAAUCUUCUGUCUUCUUGAAAGCACUGCAGUUCUCACAGACUGUGAAUGCCUGAGAUGGCAUCGUAUUCUGGGCCAUUUGGAUGAGUUGGCCAUGCACUUUGAGCAGCGAGUGUGA